AUGGCAGUCUGUAGAGACUACUACAUGGAGCACGACCCAACGGUCAUCGGGGAGCCUCCCUUGUCUUACGUGGAUGAGAGCCUUUGCAAGUUGAGAGAGAUCCAGACGAGAAUGGCGUAUCUUCGGGCCACGAAAGGACUGAUCAUGACCAUCCCAGGCAUUCUUCUAACCUUUCCGUACGGAUAUCUCUCGGACAGAGUUGGCCGCAAGCUUGUGGUCUUCCUUUCAUUGUUCGGUCAGAUCCUGGAGAUGUUCGCUACUAUCGGGAUUCUGUACUUCCACCGUGCCUUCUCGACAAACAUGGUCCUUCUGACACCAAUCUUCCGCAUCAUCGGUGGCGGCAAUCGCGUCUUGGUCGCCAGUCUCAACUCAAUCGUUGUGGAUACUGUUCCUCCUAGUAUGCGUCCAACGGUUUUCUACGUUACUGGGGCGGGGUUACUCAUUACCGAAACUGUGAUGAUUCCCAUUGGUUCUCAGUUGUUGCUGAAAGACUUGUGGCUAGCCUUCAAAGUCGCUAUGCCUAUACUUCUCGCGUCGUUGGUGCUAGUUGGCGUUCUGCCUGAGACUCAUGAUCCUAAACAUAGUUCUGGUGAUGGGGCCGACGAUAUGUCUGUGGACAGCUCAGAUACGAACAAACCAUUCCUACACAUCCUCCUGAGAAGAGGGGCCAACAAUGUCAAGAAAGCUGGGCGGGGUCUCAUGGGCCUUCCCAAGGGAGCAAAGGUCACACUGUCGAUCAUCUUCAUAUCUAAGUUUGCGAGAGAAUGCUCGAGCCUGUUCGUUCAAUACGCAUCCAAGGUAUUAAACUGGCCCAUCGCCAACGCGGGAUAUGUCAUAUCAGUCAAGAGCUUCAUCUCCCUCAUGCUACUUAUCUUACUCGCCGGAAUGUCAACAGCUGCCAGUCGCCGGGGCGAAGCCGCAACCUUGCUCCUGAACAGGCGAGUGGUCAUCUUAAGCCUGGCGAUGCUAGCGUUGGGAGCGUUACUGGUCGGUCUCAGCAGAGAUGCGGCGACUCUCGUCGUGGGUUCGGUAUUCGAAUCUACAGGGUACGGAAUCGGCCAGGCUCUCCAAGGCACAUUGGCUUCCUUCGCAAACCCUUCAUCCACGGGUGAGCUCUUCGCCGGGGCUGCACUGAUCGAGCUACUCGCCGGGCUAUCGGGUACUUUUGCAUUCGCUGGCCUAUUUGACCUGGGUCUCCAGUCCAGGUUUCCCAGAGGAGUUGGAUUACCCUACUUCGUGGCAGCAAUACUUUACGCUAUAGCUGUCAUUGAGUCACUGUCCCUGUAA